UCCUCUGUUCAAAAAGCUGCCAACGUCCACUUGUAUGAGUGUUUCUGCUUUCACUGCUGCUCCAGAGACGACUGAAGAGGACCGAAAUAUGCUCUGAACACGCCGGAUACUGCUUCACUUUCUUUGACUCGCAACAGAAACUAAGUUUUGAGAGAAACUGCAGAAAGAUAGAAUAAGGCAAGAAAAACAAGAUAGCGAGUCGUGCAGGUGGAACACGUUGCGGACCAGGGAACCACAUCAGAGCUUCUCGACUCACCUGAGGCCGAGCAGAAAGACGAAAAUGUCCCUGGAGACAUAUUCAGCGCUGGACGAGUCCUCCCUGCGAGCCCUGCUGGAUGGAACGGUGGACCUGGACGAGAGACGCCUCAUCCGUUCAGCCAUCCGGGAGCUUAGGAGGAGGGAGAUCGAGGACAUGGAGGCUGCUCUGGCCAGCAAGAGGUUUCGACCCACACGCCUGAAUCAGCAGGAGGACAAGGAGAACCAGCACAGGUCUGAAUCGAGCAACAACUUGGACAUUCUGUCACAGAAACUACAAUCAAUCCGGGACAUUGACGAGCUCACGAAAAUGCUCCGUGCAGCCAGCGAGUAUGAAGAGAGGAAGAUGAUCCGAGCAACUAUCCGACAAAUCAGAGACGAACAGCAGCAAGGGACUGUGGAUCUGGGUAAAGGUUCUGCUCGAUGCCUGGAACCUGAGAAUGUGGAGCCCCAGAGCAGCAUGGGAACUGUGGAGACCGAGCGGGAGAGUCACAGUGAGCAUAUCAGAUCUCAGAACCAGGAGUUGCGCAGCCAGCAGACACAACAAAGCAGAGAGCUGCAGAGAAUAGGGUCCAACUCAGGCAUGGUGUGGGUUCUUGAUCAGCUGAGCCUGACCUGGUUCUGUCUCAGCGUCAAAAGGUCAGACUCCUCAGCUUCAGACCACAGUGUGAAAAGAUCCACUAUGGAUUCGGUGGGCUCAGACAAGAGUCUGGGUUUCAGCCUUCAGAGCCCGCUGGACUCUGGAGCCUCCGACAAGAGCCAGAGUUCGCUCCCAGCUGACCUCGUCUCGGCUCUGGGACUUCAGACAGCAUCGGCACCUGAGAAGAAAGAUGUAUACUGGAACAGUUUCAGCCGCACCAACUCUGUUCGCGAUCGAAUGCGCAAGUUCACAGAGCCAGAGCCCAAGUGUUCCACUUUGAGGAAAACUCCGCUGAGGAACGGGGCCAGCAGCGGCCAGACAAAUUUCUCCAGAAGUGCUGAGCUGUUUACACACACGGCAGCAUCCCUCAGCACAUCUGGAGACAGGCCAGCCAGGCCUCGUGUGGACUCCACAUCUAUCACCUCCGCUGCAUCCCAGAGUCGCACACCUCAGCCAAGAGGUGUGGCCAGCAAACCUCUGUCCUCAGCCAGCCAAUCGCAGAACUCCAUGGGUGGGACGAGGCAUCCAGCUAAAAAGAUGUGCAUGCCUCCAGUUAACUCAAAGGAAGACAGGACCCCAGGGAGAGCAGCUGGAACAAGGUCACCAGGGAGAGCAGACCCGGACAUGAAGACUUUCCUCACCAUUGAGAUCAAGGAUGGGCGCACCACCACGUCCUCGACAUCAGCCCCCAGAGGCAACAUCGUACCCAUCACCACCAUGACGCCGCGCAUCACCACCAGUGCUCUCGGGCAAAGACAAGAGUUGACCCUCGGUCUAAGAGCAACGCCCUUCAAGAUCUCCUCAUCCAGCAUCACUUCUGGACCUGUCCAUCAAGCUCCGGAGGCUUUGGGCAGCCCAGACAGUGCUUGCGCUGAGUCCGGUCUGGAGGAGGUUAUCGUGGGGGAGAUCCACAGCGACCUGCAGGCCUUCGGGAAGCGAGUGGAUGCUCGCCUGGAGGAGGCAGCAGCUCAGGUGGCUCCUCUGGCCGAGGCCUGUGCUAUGUUGCAGGAGGAAAACCUGAGACUGAGGAUUCAGCAAGAAAAGAUGGUGAGAUGGGAGACGGAGCCCGUUGUUGCGUCCGAGCUGGUGUUUCAGCAGGAAUCGUCAGUCCAGGUGCCGUCAUGUCCCAGCCAUCCCAACGGCUCCAGCACUCAGGUCAAACCCGUCGACUGCUCCGGAAAACUGACCGUUGAACAGCUGGCUGCGAUCGAGGACGAAGAGCUCCUUGACAAAAUGGUAUUUCGCACCCCAAACUUUGAGGAGAGGAAGAUGAUCCGCAGCAUGAGAGACCUUCGCAAGAAAAAGAGAGAGGUCAUGCUGGGAUGUACUCAAGAGGAAAUAGGUAGGACAGAAAAGGAGCGCGAGACCCGUCUGCAGGAGCUCCGGCAGCAGAGAGAAGACAGAGCACAGAAAGGUCGCGCUGGGGCCGGAGCCGGAGAGGUGGUGAUGAGGAAGGUGGAGAAGUCGGCAGAUGGCUCGUCCCUCAGCCAAGUCACCAAGACAGACCGCUUCGCCCAGUCUGAUGAUGGGAGCAGAUCAACACGCAGCACUGUUGUUGAGGCUAGUUAUGUGACGAAAACAGACAGAGGCACAGUUCAGUCAAAAUCAUACAGUUACACCUCCUCCUCUAACACAAGCAAAAAAGUGGGCAGUGUGUUUGAUCGCGAGGAUGACACAUCGUCUCGAAGUGGCAGCGGUGGUUUGGCCGCGGUGGAGCGACGACAGGCUGAGAGGCGCAAAGAACUGAUGAGGGCUCAGACGCUGCCAAAGACGUCUGCCAUGCAGGCUCGCAAAGCCAUGAUAGAGAAGUUGGAGAAGGAAGGAGGCGGCCCUGGAAAUCAGGCAGUGGCCAAGGUAAACAAGGUCCAGCGCUCCACCAGCUUUGGUGUACCCAAUGCAAACUCCAUCAAGCAGAUGCUGCUCGACUGGUGUCGUGCCAAGACCCGCUCAUAUGAGCAUGUGGACAUUCAGAACUUUUCAUCCAGCUGGAGCAACGGCAUGGCAUUUUGUGCCCUUGUGCACAACUUCUUCCCCGAUGCCUUUGACUACAGCGCACUGAGCCCCAGCAACCGCAGGCAAAACUUCGAGGUGGCCUUCAGCGCUGCAGAGACCCACGCCAACUGCAUGCCUUUGCUGGAAGUGGAGGACAUGAUGAUCAUGGGUAAUAAGCCCGACUCCAAAUGUGUCUUCACCUACGUACAAUCUCUGGUCAACCACCUGCGCAGAUACGAGAUGUCCAUGGGUCGACCCUGUGACCUCUGACCUGUGUUCAGGUGGCGUUGGUCCUCUUCUCUUCACAAGCUGGGUCAAAUAGUUGCACAUCUCUGUUGGACAAAUUGGGGAUUGUGUGUGUGUGUUUGUGUCAGUUUGCUCAUUAUCUUUGUCGGCAGUGGUGACAUGUAUCGAUUAUUGCAGUUCUGUUCUGAAAACAGAGAACUCCAACCAUAAAGUGAGCGCCAAAGUUUUUUAAAAGACCUUUUAAGGUUUAAAUUUUUGCGCCUUUUUUCUACUCAAACUCCACUUCGUAACAGAUUAUAUUCAACACAAAGUAGCUGUGUCACUCCUCUAGAAUACUAAAGAACUGCUUAAAACAGAAAGAAGUCAUAUUUUUAUGGCAUUUCCCCUUUUAAAGUAUUUGUACCUACAGUUUUCUCUUCUACGCUUUUCAAAUUACUGUAAUUUGCCGGCACUUCUUUUGGCUAUUCCACUGAAAGAGAAAAAUGCACCCAUCCGCACGAUGCAUUAUUUCAUCUUUAUGUCGGUACUUUGUCAUUUCAAACCAAAUUCUGUUUGCUUGAAGUAUGUAAAUUAAGUUAUUAUUAAUAUUCUCAUGUUGAUGUAGUCAAUUAGCGUAUUACUUUGUAAUCCAUGAGCACGGGGAUGUUUUCUCAUCAUUAUUCAAGUGAAUCUAUUACUGUUGCAGUUAAGAGCUGAGUAAUGUCACUUUUCUAAACUCCACAGAGCUACUGAGAACAUGUAGGAGGUUUUAUGGUCUUCUGUGAUAUUAUAAUCAUAAACGAUUGCAGUUAAACCAGCUUUUGUGUAGGUACAAAGAAAAAAGGAGUGAGUCUGAUGUUGUACAGCUGAUUUGUAUCAUUUGAUGUUUGCUGACGUCGCCCUGCCAAACACACUCACACACAGCUCUUCUAGAGGACUCCUUAUUUAUGCUUGAGUAGACUUUUUUAAAUAUAUAAUUUCUUUUGUUAGUGUGUACAUUAUGCUUUUACAAGUUUUGUUUAAAGUAAGUCGAUAAGCUUAAGCUACCACAAUGUUUUCUGAAACCAGUUGCUUUUUGUUUGAAAGCCGGCUUUCAGUAAUCUUGACUGAUACCUGCUAAUUGUAUAUUUAUCGGCACAGAGCUAAGAAAAAACUUUAAUGAAGAUUUUUAUUCCUUUGUUCCUUUUAAGAAGAUGUCUAAAGUUCUGAUUUUGAUGAACUAUAUUUCUUAAAGCUCUGUUUCUGGUAGAUUUGAGAAAUUAUUUGAGAAUAUUACUCAACUGCUGCCAACUGAAAAACGAAACCUUCCUUGAAGCAGUGUGUUGUACAUAAGAGCUUAAACACGUUGUAAUUUCAUGUUUCUGUGCACCACAGUUAAAUAUGAAUUAACAAUUAAACCAAUUUAAGAACUGAA